GAAACUAAAGGGUAGAAAGUGUUAAGUAUACUGCGAGGUGUUCGCUACUUUUCAAUCGAACAAAAUCUUCUUCAAAAAAACCUAAACCCUCGCAAACUCUGUGGCGGCGGAACCCCCUUCAUUCCGUCAAACCCCUCUCAAAAACCCAGAAAAUUUCGGGUUUUUUCUAUCCGAUUUAUCAAGGUUUAUCCGGUCGCUGACAGCAUGGCCGCCGUUAUUCCUCCUGCAGCAGAUGAUACUGCUGCUUUGUUGAAGAACUUAUCUUUGGAAAUUUCUGAUCCUGUUAAGAAACUUUCUGUAGACACUGGGAAUGGUCAGAUAAAACCUAGCAAUAAGGUUGUAACCCCUUUGACUUUAGAUGUUAUGGAUCCGUCGUUGGCUUAUUAUCCCAACGGUUAUCCUUCGACUGCGUAUUACUAUGGAGGUUAUGAUGGGACUGCGAUCGAUUGGGAUGAUUUGGCUCAUAGUGUUUAUGGUUACGGGUAUGCACCGUAUGGAACUUAUUCUCAACAUUACCAAUACCCUAAUGCGUAUAUCCAAUCACCGACUCCAACGGGUGGUUCAUACCCUGCUCCUGUGACCGCUUCGACAGUCAUUGACCAGUCGCCUUUAGCCACAGGCACAACUAAAGGACGUGUUGGAAACGGUGUGGGUUUAAAGGGAAACACCGGUCCUGCACUUAUGAAGCCAACAGCUUAUCAGAACUCAGUCUAUAAGACCUACGGUUCAUAUGGAACGGGGGCACAAAAUGGUCAUGACUUGCAAGCUAAAAACAACGGUGUUGCAUCCAAAACCCAGAAUCAUCUCAUGGGACCAAAUUCAGCUUCCGGUAUGUACACAUCAACUGAAUAUAUGGAUAAAGUGUAUGCAAACAAGUUUUAUGGUCAGUAUGGUAACUACUAUGGAUCUUGUUAUGGUUACGGAACCAAUGGUUAUGAUUUUCAGAAUAACGGGCGUGGGUGGUUAAGCGUUGAUAACAAGCUCAAGCCUAGAGUACGAGCUAACGGUUACUUUGGGUACAACAAUGACAGCAUCGAUGGUCUUAAUGAGCUUAACAGGGGUCCCAGGUCUAGAACCACUAAGCCAAUUACUACAGCCGUUAAGGGUCAAAAUGUCGCUUUGUCGUCUACUGAUGGUAUUAAAGAGGAGUCAAAAGAAGUCAAAGAGGUCAACGCCACACCGGAUAGAGAGCAAUACAACAAGACAGAGUUUCCUGAAACUUAUUCAGAUGCUAAGUUUUUUAUAAUCAAGUCUUAUAGUGAAGAUGAUGUUCAUAAGAGCAUUAAGUAUAAUGUUUGUGCUAGUACGCAAAACGGAAACAAGAAACUCGACUCUGCAUACCGUGAGGCUCAACAGAAAUCGGAAGCAUGUCCUAUUUUUCUUUUUUUCUCGGUUAAUACAAGCGGACAAUUUGUGGGGGUAGCGGAAAUGGUAGGGGCGGUUGAUUUUAACAAAAGUCUGGAGUAUUGGCAGCAAGAUAAAUGGAUCGGUUGCUUUCCUGUAAAGUGGCAUAUUGUUAAAGAUUUACCAAACGGCUUGUUGAAGCACAUUAUUCUUGAAUACAACGAGAAUAAACCUGUUACCAAUAGCAGGGAUACCCAAGAGGUAAAAUUGGCGCAAGGGUUGCAGAUGAUUAAGAUUUUCAAAGAACAUUCUAGCAAGCAAUGCAUUUUAGACGACUUCGAGUUUUACGAGGAUCGCCAGAAGAAAAUUCAACAAAAGAAGGCGAAGCAGCAACAGUUUAAGAAACAGUCAUGGGAAGGUAAACUCGUUACUGAAAAGAAGAUUAAAGACAUUGAAAACGAGGUCUUGAAAUCAGAUGAUGGGUCAGAUUCUGUCACGGAGGUCAAACUUGCUAGUAAUGUGCAAGACGUUGCAGCCGAACCUAAAGAGGUGGAGGUUGUGGUAAAUGGGGCUGCGAAUGCUUGCUGAUUUUAGCAGUGUUUGUAGGCGGGGCUGUUGCUAAAAAUGAUUUGGCUCAACCGCCCAUGGUCAAAGGCGUGAGAAAGAAAGUUGUUGCGGAUGGGAAAAUAGGAAUACAUAAAAUUCGGAGAUCUUCGUGUUCUGUGAUCGGUUGGCCUUUCUGUAGUGUUUUUAGCUACAAAUGGUUUUAUUUUCUGAAUCUUUUUGGUUUAGUUAGGUUUCUUACAAUUGAGGCUUACAUCUUUUUUCUUUUUUUCCUCAGUUUUGGGUUUUAAUUAUUUUUUUUCCGGUGUUA